AUGGGUGCAGCUGAAGAAGUUGUUUCCAUGAUGAACAACAAGGGUAUCCUAAUGAUGGGAUGGGAUAACUACAAGAAAGGGGAGGAGUGCUUCCGACAAGCCCUUCUUGUGGCACAAGGAGCUGUCAGAAAUGGUGACCCGAAACGUAUUCCAAUGAAGUUGGGGGAAGGCAUUCCUUCUGGAAGAUCCUACAUGAAGAGUUUACAUACGAACCUUUCCGAGCUCGUUUCUCCAUCAACCAAUAGGCUUGUCGACAAUGUCCCCAACUACCGACCAGAGUACGACGAGGGUAUGGACAACUUCAGAGAAUACUUUGAUCUCGUGAACAAGUCCAACAAUAUGAUUGGUACGAUACUAUUCAACAUGGGCCGGUUGGCACAGAAUCAAAGAAGGUUCCGGGAUGCACUUAAAUACUACUGGGAAUCGUUGGUCGCCCUAAAGUUUGUUGGAUUCCAAAGUGAACCAGCGGAGUGCGCUGCUCUCUCUUGCAUCGGCCAAAUCCAGUACAUUUCAGGUGAUUUCGAAUCGUCAUUGGAGACGUACCACAUGGCUCUACCUUUGACAGAAACUGUAUUCGGAAGGGAAUCUAUCGAAGUAGCAGCAUGCCACAACGCCAUUGGAAUACUACACUAUGUCUCGCCCAAGGGAGACAAUGAAAUUGGCAUGAAAGCGCUCCAAAAAUCGUUAUAUAUUAGAUUGAAGCACCAAGGACGAGACCAUCUUGACGUUGGGACGACCUGGAAUAAUAUCGGUCGAUUAUACUUUCAUGACUCGAAAUACUAUCAUGCAAUGGCCGCGUAUGACGAGUCAUUGAGGAUCCGGAAACUACAUCAUCGAGAAAGUGCAGACGUAGCUGCCACCCUGUUCAAUAUUGGUCAAAUUUACCACCAAGAUGGCGAGCUAGAAAAAGCAUUGGCUGCUUAUCACGAGUUCAAGCGAAUGAUAACUUCACAGUUUGGUCAGGAUCACCGAGAUGUUUGUAUGGCUGCAACCUUCAUUGGCAACCUGUGCCUUGAAACGAACGAUUACGAUGCUGCCAUCAAGUCUUUUGAACAGGCCAUACGAGUUGGGCGUUUGGUACUUGGAUGGGACCACCCGGACAUUGGAAUCGCUCUCAAUCAACUCGGCAUGGUUCACUGCAAGGCUGGAGACCCAGAGACAGCACUCAAAGUGUAUCAUCAAGCUCUCAAGUUUGAAGUCGGUUUGCUUCGCAAGACUGGGACAAAUCGAAACCUCUGCGUGACCUAUAUGAAUAUUGCAGAGAUCUACAAUCAAAAGUCCAACCACAAGCAGGCCUUGCACUACUUUUACAAGUUAUUGUGCCAUCAAAAGAAAUGCGAAGACGAGAAAAGUGAGAUUGCGAAUACACUGAUGCAUAUCGGUUUCAACAAACAGCAACUAGGCGACAUUGAUGGGGCCUUUGGUGCCUUGCAAGAAUGUCUCCGUCUCAGACGAGAAAGUCUAGGUAACUGGCACGAGGACGUGGCAGCUGUCUUGACGGAUACUGCAGUACUUUUGAUGGAAACAGAGAAACGGGGAAUUGCUCUUUCUUUGUUGAACGAAGCAUACAGGAUAAAAAGUGCUCUGUCGAGUGAGAAAACGAAAGAUCUGGGUUACAUUCUCUACAACAUUGCCCUGAUUUACCAUCGAGAGGGGGACAUGCAACAUUCAUUACGAUUUUAUCUGGAGACCUUGGCUGUCGAGCAAGUAGUGCUAGGAGACAAUCAUUGUGAUUUGAGUAUCACGCACUUCAACAUUGCUCAGAUUUUGAAUGAAUGCAACCAGCCAUCAAUGGCAAUUAACCAUUUCCAAAAAGCACUUGAAAUUGAGCGAAAGUGCUAUGGCAAUCAGCACCCUACCGUAGCCAGGACUCUGAACCAAAUUGGCAAUGUAGAACUAGCGAGGGGAAAUCUCAGUGAUUCGAUGGAAUGCUACUCGGAGUCGCUACGAAUCUAUCGAGAUGCUGGCCUUGAUUGCAAUCAAUUGAGGGUACACGGCGAAAAGCUUUGGCGCUUUGAAACGAUUCAUCCAAAGGCAGCGGCCACAGCGUAG